AUGACGCCGCCUCCUCUUCCUCCUGCGAACCCCGACGAGCACCAGUACUGGACCGAUCCUAUCCUGUGCGAGGAGACUCGGACCAGACUUGAGCAUUUCCGAAAUCUGGGAUGGCUUCCCCCUAACUACAAGCCCAGGACACUUGAAGGUCUUGCAGUUGUCGAACGGUACUGGCGAAGAUAUUGUGCACAUUCAAACGAGGACUAUGUGGAAUAUCUACUGUCGGAAGACAAAGCCAUCUAUAUGAACUUUCUUGACUGGAUGUCAAGGACCUCGCGUGAGAAAAGACUUCAGACCUAUGAUGAAUAUUGGCGGCGCUUGUGCCAAUACUUUGGCUUGUUUGCCCGCCGGCCUGUAAAUCAUCAUGUUCAUGAGCAGAUGCGACGAGUAUGUUUAAGCUUCCUGUUCCAUUCUUACACCUGGAUACUCAAUAGACAACAGUACCUUGAACAAGUUUUUCCUGCAGAGCGCAAGAUCAAUAGGCGCGUGAAAAAGAAGAGCACACUGGACAUAGAUGAUUUCUGCGUCCUUUUACGCCACCACUGGGUCCAUUCUUCUUUCUUCCGUCAUGGGAGCAUGAUUAUCCAGCAAGCUGUGAUCAUGCUCUGGUCCUCCAUCACAGGGACUCGACCAGGCGUGCUACUUCCGCAGCGAGAUGCUACAAAUGAUCCCAAUGCAUCGCAAGAUGGCUCGCUUUCGCUCGGCCCAAGAAAGCGCAAGCGGGGUGAUUCGUUUAAGAGUGAUCUUCCUCAACGGAUUUCACCCGACGACCUUCCCAACACUAUAUGUUACAGGGAUAUCGAGCUCUUUUACCUCAGAAACCCAGAUGAUGGUCGAGACGUUCUCUGUGCCAUCAUUGAAUUUCGUAAUCUUAAGGGCCGGCCAGAGGGUGCUGAUGGGACGAAGUUCUUCAUGCAUGGAGAUUAUCAAUUGGCAUACUGUCCAAUUGUUCAAAUUGUGUCACUAGCCUUCCGCGAUGACGCUUUCGAAAAUGAGCUGACCCCUGAGUUGAUCUGGCGGAUUAAGGUUCCGAAGCGUACCAGAGCUCUUCCGCUUCGGUGGAAAAAGGAUAAGUUGAACCUUCCCCUACUUCGACGUGUGGUUCGAACUCAGUAUGGCUAUGGGGUUCAUCCGACGCUACCAAUGACUUAUGACUCGAGCCGGCUGGCACUCAAAGAUCUGGGAGAGGAUGGAGGAUUUGAGGACAACCUAGGUCAUUACAACUUCCGGCGUUGGACUGCAAACGAAGCCAAUCGCCACUUUACCAGUCAAGAGCGGAAGAGGGUUCUUGGCCAGUCCGGAGACUUUAUUUUUGAAAAGCAUUACCAAGCGGAAUUUAUCCAGCGAGAUCUCCAACAUGUGGUCCUCCUUCGGCCCCCUCAGGAGGGUCUUCUUCAGAGAGCAGCGGGCAUGCUUAGGAACAGAGAUCCACUGGCCCCUUCAAACAUUACUGACGAGCAGCUACGGGCUAUUCGUCGACAUCCUGAAAUUCUGGAACUCAGGCGAGAGAAACGGGAGUUAAAGGAAGAAAUGCGAUCCCUGGCUGGCACCAUUCAGAACGCUCGAAAUCACUUCCCUGACCUCUAUCAGAGGCAUGACGAAAUCAGCAGGAAGCUCACCAAGUUAAGAAAGGCCCUACGAGAUAAUACUCGGCAGACUGCCAGAAAAGAUUAUUUCCAUACGGCACCCGUACUAGAAAUCGACAGACAAAUCCAGCAACUCUUGGGUAAAUCUGGUGCAGAAAAUUGUGAUGAUGACAGUACCAAGGAUGGCGAUGAAGAUUGGCAGCCCCCCAUCCCGGAUUACGUUUUUCCUGAAAGAGCUCGUCUAGUGGAAUCAUUCUACGGUCCGGAGGGAGAGUGUUUUGACGAGGAUAGACUACUUGCAAAACGUAUCCAAGUUACUGAGGACCUGGUCGCACUCUCGCACCUCUGUGAACCAAAUCGUCGAGGCAAACGAGCCAACUGGGAUGGGGACGAUGAGCAGAGCGAGACAUCUGGGGGAAAGGAAGCCUUCCUGUCAGAAGAAAAAUCCCCGGAGUGCCCCAUGGAUGUAUGUAUCAUCUGUUGCGGUAUAUCCCGCCGCUCACCUUCUAAUCCUCAUCCACACAAUUUUCCAUCAAAAAGGAAGGAUUCUCUCCGUCGUCAUCUGAUCGGUCACCUUAUGAACGCACACGACGGAGUACGCUGCACCUGGGAAACUUGCAGCAAACUCCCUACUUUCAUCGAUAUUGCUGAAUUUUUAGCACAUGCCGCCAAUAUUCAUCACUAUGACCUCCAUAUCAAGCUGGAACGUAUUCCCAAGAGACAAAAGCCGUCUCGGGAUGAAACACCGUCUUUCAGCAGCUCCAGCAUGUCGUUAAGGUCGAGCCGAUCGGCCACCGAGACUCCCGCUUCCUCCGUUGGUAUUGAAAUAGGGAAGAUUGACCCACGUUUACUUGCAGCCUCGAAUACCAAAUACAAUGAGACCUGCCGUCGGUCCCAACGAUUGAACCCUCAUUGA